AGCAAACAUUCCGCUUCAGCUAUAAAAAAAAAUUUUUUUUUUAGUGAGUGCGCCGGGAAACCUUACCAAUCGCUCUCCAUUUCUUUACAGGUGUGAUGCAGAAUUACUAUUUGACGACGGUCAUGAAGGACACUGCCACCCAGGUUCAAUUAACAUUUGUAGGCACAAUUGCAUUCAUUUUUAUCAAUGGAAUGGGCCCGCCUAUGCAGAUUCUGAAAUCCAUAUUAGGCGCAAGAGUCUUGAUUGGCUUGGGUUGCUUGUUGAUGUGUCUCGGUUUGAUUUUGGCGGGAUUUAGCACUCAGGUGUGGCAUCUGUACUUGACGCAAGGUGUGAUGUUCGGCUUGGGAGGCUCCGCCAUGUAUAUUACCAUGAUGGGCAUCGUGCCACAAUGGUUCGACAAGCGACGAGGUCUAGCAUUGGGAUUGUCAGCUAGUGGAAGCGGUAUUGGCGGUCUCAUCAUGCCAUUUAUCAUGAACGCUCUUUUGCUCAAGUUCGGUGCGCCAUGGACAUACAGAAUUGUUGGUUUCAUUUGUCUCGUCCUUGGCGGCUUCGCUACCAUGUUGGUGAGAGAGAAGUUCCCAGACAAGUCGGGUCGAAAGAAGAUCACCGAUAUCGUCCAGUGGAGUGUCCUUGCCGACAACAACCUCAAGCUCUGGUGUGCGGCUGCCACUAUCACCUUGUUUGGAUACCUUAUUCCGUUCUUUUUCUUGCCAACCUAUGCUGCUGCAAAUGGUUUGACCACAAGCCAAGGCUCCAGUCUCGUCUCCGUCAUUUCUGGACUCAACUUUGUCGGUCGUAUUGCUACCGGAUAUAUUGGCGAUAACAUUGGUCGUUUGAACAUGCUCAUCAUUGCCAUGUUCAUUAGUGCGGCGUGUAACUUUUUAAUAUGGCCACUUAACCAUACCCUUGGUGGCCUCAUGGCAUUCUCCUGCAUUUACGGCUUCUUCUGUGGAACGUAUUUCACCAUGAUGGCGGCUAUUACCGCUUUUAUCGUCAAGAUGGACAAGUUCCCUUCUGCAUUUUCCGUUUUCCUUAUGUUCAACAUUGCAUCUUCUUUCGGUCCUCCUAUCGCUAGUGCCAUCCAGUCAGGAACCAACCCCAACUCUUACAUCUCGGUGCAAAUGUUUGCUGGAAGUUGUUUCUUGCUGGGCACCAUUCUCAUGUUUGCCCUUAAAAUCAAGAUGACCAAGUCUAUCUUCACAAAGAUAUAAACUCAUGAUUCCCCUCAAGCACUUUACCUUACUUGCGCUCCCCUGUCGUGCUGUUCAGAUACCACUCAAUCUAUAGGACUCUUUCUGGCUGUGCCAGUUUUAUUUAUGCAUAUUCAAACCGUUAAUCGAUCGACUCGAAAGCAUACACUUUUUACCGUGACCCCCGUUUUUCUCCUUCCCCAGCACCAUAGACUACUCUUGAAUUCUUU